AUGACUACGGAGAAGUCACAUGAAACCAUGCCCAAAGCUGUGAAUGAGGACAGUGUCUCAUUCCACGCCGAGAUGGUCUCGAAACAUGACACUCACAAUGCGGAGUUGACGGAAAGCCCUUUCGGUCAUCAUGAGAGCUCAGAGUGGAGGACUGCUGAGAAGCGAAUUGUUCGCAAGCUGGACAUGACACUUUUGCCCAUUGUUUGGAUCCUCUACAUGUUCAACUACUUGGACAGAAACAACAUUGCGCAAGCACGUCUCGACAAACUCGAAGAGGACACCGGACUCGUUGGUAAUGAGUUCAACGUUGCGGUCUCGAUCCUAAACGUGGGCUACAUGCUUGCACAGCUACCCUCGAAUAUGAUCUUGACUAGAGUCCGGCCAAGCAUUUACCUACCAGCCUGCGUCGUGGUCUGGUCGUGCGUGUCAGCAGCUACUGCUGGGGUUACUAGUUUCUCCGGCCUUAUUGCAGUGCGCUUCUUUUUGGGAAUAGUUGAGGCACCCUUCUUCCCUGGGGCCUUCUUCAUGCUCUCUGCCUGGUACACUCGAAAGGAACUCGCACUCCGAACAGCAGUCUUAUACUCGGGCCUUGUUCUGGCCACCGCCUUCUCUGGGCUCAUCGCAGCUGGUAUCUUUGCGGGUCUAUCUGACAAGGCAGGCCUACAUGGUUGGCAGUGGCUGUUCAUCCUUGAGGGAGCUGGUAGCGUCUUAGCUGCCCUGUUUGCGUUUGUUCUCCUCCCAGACUUUCCAGAGUCUAAGACUGGUAGUGGUAAAUGGCUCUUUAACGACGAAGAGCGACACUUGGCUAGACAGCGCAUUGCCCUUGACCGUGUUUCACUUCCCGAGACUGAGAGGACAGUGUGGCAUGGUCUGGGACUUGCUGUCAAAGACAUCAGAACCUGGAUUUUCGUUAUUAUCCUAUGUGCCAACCAUACUGCUUAUGGCUUCAACAACUUCUUUCCAACCAUCGUCAAUUCUAUGCAUCUCGGGUCUCGAACUAUCACACUAGUCCUCACAGCUCCCCCGUACCUGUUUGGUGCAGUCGUGUCAUUUCUUGUGGCUUACUCCAGUGAUCACUUCAAUGAGCGCGGCUACCAUAUCAGUGGUCCCAUGUUGGUGGCAAUCGUCGGCUUCAUCAUCUCAGUCGCGACUUUAAGCAAUGCGGCUCGAUACACAGCCUCUUUUCUUUACUGUUCCGGGGCUUUUGCCGCCAACGCCGCUGUAUACUCGUGGGCCGCAUCAUCACUCAAUCAGACACCAGAGAAACGAGCCUGCGCAACAGCAAUCAUCAACCUACUUUCUCAGCUCGGCAAUAUCUGGAGUCCCUACUUCUUCCCUGCUUCCGAUGGGCCGCGCUAUGUCAUGGCCAUGCUACUGAUGAUGGCGUUCUCAGCCCUUAGCAUCGCAGCGUCUAUGCUGAUGAAGUUCUUGCUUAAGAAGGAGAACAAGAAGCUGCUUGCCCAAGGACAGCAGACGGGACAUGAGGUCAGACUGUAUACAACCUAG